GGACGAGUUUCGGCAUAAUCAUGAGCACAGACAAUUUGACCACGGAAAUUCCAUCGUCGUCUCGAACGUCUUUGGGUUCUGUAACCAUGGAAGACAGCAGCCAUGGUUUCAAUGAAAGUAGGUCUGUCAUGACCAAAGACAACCUUAAAUUACUUGAUUUAAGCACUGCUGACAACUUUUGUGAAAAUCGAGGAAGGGAAAGUGAGUAUGCGGCAUCUUUGGCCGACGAAUGUGAAGAAAGCUUGGAACAGACAAGAAGCAUGGUACGGGCUCGAACAAACCAUGUUCGCAAGCAAACAGUAAACAAUUCUAUGAAGAAGAAACCUCAAAGGAAACGCCGUGUAACGGCCAAUUUAGCUGCAACAAAGUACGAUGUCGGUAAGUCAAAACUACAAUUUAGUUUGGGUUCAGUGGUACAUGUACGUGGUGAUACUUCCAAGAGGAAGAUUGAUAACAUUUGUUCUUCGUGUACGUGGAAGAUCACCUAAGUUACAAGUGUAAGAUAUGUUUGUGCAGUUUUAUCGCAUCGUUACACAUAUCUUUUGAGGUUUAAAGUACGACCAAUAGAUAACUUUAUUUUCGUGCUUCGCUCUCGUUAAUUGUUGGAACUAACAACGGUAACGUUGAUCUUUUGAUGCAAUAUAAUCGUUACCAUUGUUUCUUUGAAUGUGUGGUUUAAAGUUGUCGGCAUGGUUUCAAAAGAGCUUAUAAUAAUUACUUCUUUGUCCUUAGACUGUGAUGCGCGCUCAAGAAGUAUUUUUGAGGCGUUCUAUAGUCAACUUCAUCGCUUAAAUUGAUCAGACGCACAUUUCUUCUACCAAGACUAAUACAAAAUUUUUAACGCUUAAAAAUAUUCAGCGUUAUGUUGCCAAUCAUGCAUGUUUACAUUGUAGUCACGCGUCCACGGACUUAAUGUUGAUAAUCACCACUUUUGGUGUAGGCUGUUACCAUCCACAAUGGACCGUUGAAGAGUCGACUUAGUUAUAACUAAGGCAAUUAAAAUAAGCUUGCAGACACAAACUAGCCUGAAGGAUCACAAACUUAUCGGCUUCAUUUGAUUUGGAUCUGUAUGCACAUGCAUUUAAAAAAAUUCAUUUCUUAUUUGUUAAAAUAAAUGUAUUCUUUUCUUCACAUGUUUGUGAACAUGUACAUGUAUGUGUUAAUGUAAUCUCUCUUAAUGGAGCCCUCUCCCUCCAACCCCAGGUCUUGAAAGCCCUUCUAAGUAAAGUUCCCUCCUUGAGAAGGACAAUUUUACAACAGCAAAAUCACUUAAAGAGCACUUUUCCAAUCAGUGUAAUCACAACCAAAGUAAUCCCAAUAGCUAGUCAUAAAAAAAAGAACAUAUCACUUAGGACCACCAAGAACUGACAACACAACAAGAAUAUGGUGACUAAAGCCCAACAAAAUGCAGUUGAUUUAUAUCCUAUUCACACUAGUAAAACAUGUUAAGUUAAACAAGAGGUUUAUAAUCGAAUAAAAAUCAGAUACAGAGAACUGAAAAACUUAAUUUUCUAUGGGAUCCAUCUAAUCACCAACUUUUAAUUUCAAUGCACUAAAUUUUAAGUUAACUAACAUCUGUUUAAGCAGCUUCUAUGAAGAAAAGAAUUUAAACUCUGUUUUAAAAAAAACACCCAUGAAAAAGCUUUUAAGCAUUAUUGGAAUGACAUUUAAUGGGACAUUAGCCGGGACUGAAUUAGUUUUUCUUCUGAUUGGGGGGAAGGAUAAUGCAAAUUUUCUAAAAAAGUAGUUGAGUGAAUCAAAAGCAAAGUGAGAUCAUAACUCAUAUGAGUAUGGAUUCAGCUUCUGAUACUUUUCAAGGAAUUACUGUAUAUAUGAAAUUUGGAAUUAUCUCACAACAAUGUUUUUUCAUUAUAAAAAUUCUCCCUUGCAGUUAGAAAAGUUUGUCUUCAAUGUGGAAUGUAUAUUGCAAGGGAUGAUGACUCGAACAGGUGAGUUAGCAGUGAUAGGAAAACUUUAUACAUGUAAAAUAAUUUUUCUGAAAAAGUAACCUGAUGGAGGAUGUAGUAUUACAUGUACAAAUAAAAUGUCAGUCACUGAUUAUCUUUUACACCCAUCUAUCUUAAAAGCCAUAGUUUUCAAUCAAUUUGAUAAGUGUGUUUUUUCUCUCUUUAACAAUGACUGUCUCUACAUGCAGUUUCCUCAUUUGGAGUGAUUCAUCGGUGCCAGUUGAAAAAAUCAUAGAACUAAAAUCAUUUCAGGUAUGAUAAAUUUUGUUACUAAUUAAGUUGUUUGAGUAGACCAUAUAAGAUGUGAUAUUGUGGGAAUCUAGACAAAUCAGUGUACAGAAUAUCUUCAUGCAAAGAAAGAAACACUCACAUAGCCUGUAUCUUAUACCUAUACAUGUUCACAAAUUUAUUCAAUACUUCUUUUAUAAUGGUUAAUAAUUUAAUUCUUACUGUUUUGUCUCCUCUCUAAAGAAAAUCAACCAUUUUCCAAGUAUGGGUGAGAUUUGUAGGAAGGAUAACCUUGCUCGGAAUAUGGCAAAGUAAGCAUUUAAUCAGUCAGGUUAUUUUGUUGUGAAUUUUUCAUGUAAUACUUAUGUAAUGUAUAACAAUACUAAAUAUUUUUAUAGCUUGUAAAUUGAAAUAUAAGUUAAUUACUGGUGAAUUAUAUACAUGCUGUAAUAUUUUAUGAUUUGCAUUGUUUUAAAUUAUUGUAUCUCAUCAGAUCUCACUAUUUAUGCAUGUAUUUUCAUCUUAGUUUCUUUCAUUGAGAGUAAGUACAGAUAAUUGGUUAGUGGUAUAUAAUUAAUAGUUACUGUAGAAGAAGUUACAGGAAAUGAUAGUAGAGACUCACUUUUAAAUAUAGAUAUGAAAAGCUUGGGCCAUCAACAUUUGGUAGGGGAAUUCUGCAUAAUUUGCAGAUAUUUUUUGACCAUAGGAUAACCUAGGGAAUGUCAAAUGCUUUGUUGAAUAGCAGCUAGGAAAAGUUUAUUUUUUUCUUGUUUUCAAGCAUUGAUUAAACCCCUGUUAGACAAUUCUGAGCAAUGGUACUGAUGUUUUUAAGUUUACAAGUAUCAUAUUAAAUAAUUGCUUGCAGUAAUACAAUAGUAAUUGUAUAAUUUUAACAUUCUAUCUUGAAAUUUCAGAAUGCAAAGAGCUCACCCAGAGGAAUACAGUUUUGUUCCUCAAACUUGGGUUCUCCCUGCCGAGUAUCCUUUAUCAACUUAUCUAUUAUCAGGAGAUUUAUACAAUUUGAUAUUUUAUAUACAUGUAGCUGUGGUGACUGCAUUAAAUUAGCAUUAUACUGUACUCCACUGUGAAUUGAGUCGCAAGCAUUGAUAGAAACUUUGGAAUUAAUGCUCAUGAUCCAAGCUAACAGUAAAUUGUAUCUCCAGAGACUACUAGCCAGGGAUUUUGGUUGAUGUAGUACUGUAGUUAGUGGUAAUUAUAACCAUAAUAGUAGUGAUCAAUAGAAGACUUUUUUAUAAGGAGGGUCAAAUUUGACAGUAAUUAAACUGAUUAACUCAAGGCCCUUGGAAUAAAUGGAAAUCAAAAUUAAACAGUUUUAUGGUAAUUUUAUUAAAAAUUGAAAUAAUUAAUGUAUGAUAUUAUAAAACUACGAACAUCGAAGAAUGUAAAACCUCUAAUGAUAGAAAUACUGUGGUUUCAUUUACAUGUUUGAAAUAUGACGUAAAUGUAAUUAUGGUAAUAACUGCAUAGUUUGAUCCAGGUACAUACUCUUUACAGAUCACAACUGUUACAGUAUGUGUAUUUGUACAGGUUGACUAUUAGAUGGUAUAAUUAAAAAAUAGUGAUAAUAGCAAUUAGUAAGAGGGAUCAAAAGAAAAGCACCAUGAUUUUUUUCCUUAUAUGACCACAUCAGUGUAAUUAUGUUCAAAUGAAGCACUUUCCUUAGCUUACUGCCCAUUCUCACUGUAUCAGAUAUGCCGCAUUUCAAGGCUAUUGUAGAGAACUGAAAAAAAGAAAGAAACACAAAACUUUCAUUGUCAAACCAGCCAAUGGUGCUAUGGGAAAUGGGUAAGUUUGACAAAAAAUUUUAAAUUUAAAAUUUUUACCAUCCUUUUUAAUAUAUUCAUAAUUAAUCAAAUCUAAAUGUUUCAGUUUUUCCUUGACUUGCCAACAUGCAGUGCUCAAAAAUAUCAGAAAAAGUACUGGGACAGGUUGUAAUUACAGCUAGUUUAAGAUAACCCUGGGUUAGUGUGAAAUCUUAUUUAAGAUCUGAAAGCUAGCUUCAAAAGAAAAUUCAUUAUUACAGUAAUUCUCUCUGCUGCAAUUUAAUGAUUUAAUGCUCUAAAAAGAAUAUAGAAAAUUGUAAGAAAAAAGCUUAAUUUGGUACAAUUGAACAAAGGAAUAAAAAAAACUCAGAUUAAAAUUUAUCCCCAGGCUGGCUGGGUUAGGGUUAAUCAGCCUUGAAACAACUGGGCCCUGUGCUCUAACUUGUUAAUAAAAUAAGAGAGAUGGCAAGUUUUGAGUUCAGUAAAAAAGGAGCGAAAGAUGUGUUUUUGUCUUGUCAUGAGCAUGAGACAAAGAAAAACUUCUGAGUCUCAAAAAUUCUAAGUCCCUCAUGGGGACUCAGAAUUUUUUCUUUGACCCAUGCUUGUGACAAUAAUUAAAAAAAAGACAUCUCUCUCUACUUAUAAUCUUGAGCCAAUUUGUUAUUCCAUGGUCGUUGUGCUGUCCUGAAAUAUUUCAGUCAAUCAGGGGCAGGUGAAGCCUUCUAUAACAUGUACAGAUAUGUAAAGCUUCCUUUUGCUUCAAUCUAAGUGAAAAUUGAAUAUUUCAUUACAACAUAUAACUAUGUAAGUAGUUUUUCUUUUGGUACCUUAAUGAUGAAUGUGAUGAUUAAUACAUAUAGCUGUGUUCUAAUUUUAGGAUAUCUCUGGUACGAAAUGGAGAUAGAAUCCCAUCUCAUGAGCAGAUUGUGGUCCAGGAAUAUCUUGACAAAGUAAGGAUGUUUAAAAACAUUACAUUUACUAUUAUGAUAGUACAGUGAAACCUCAGUUAAGUAGACAUCCUCAGGACCUUCCCAAGUGUCUGCUUGUUAGAGGGUGUACCCUUAAUAGGGGUUUGUAAAAAUUGUGCAAUGUUUGGUAAUGAUAAACAUUCAAGGGUUACUCUGUGAUAAAGUUCCAUGUCCUUAAUGUAUAGCUAUCCAGAGUUUAAGAGCAUUACCUUUCAUUACCAACUUUAAUUUGUUGGUAUGAUAUCUGUCUAUUAGAUAGUUUAUUGACAGCUACAUCAUCAUGAGGAUUGAUUACAUUUAAUCGACUAUUUCAAGGAUGUAAUCCCUUACACAACAUUAUCAGUUUAAUCUAGUGUCCACUAAUAAUAGCAGUUUUUAACAAUAGAAAGACAAUUUGUUUUAGUGCCUGCAUCAGCUUUAUGGAGGUGACUGCUGAAAUGGGGCUCGUUAUAAAGGGAAAUAUGAGACAUUAAUCCAAUUUUGGAACCUGACUCAGGGUCUGCUUAAUAGAAAGCUUUAAUUGGGGGUCUGCCUUAAUAGAGGUUUUAUUUUAAUUGCAAUAAUAAUUCCGGAUCCAGGUGUUCGAAGGCUGAUCAGCAUUGACCCAAGGUUAAAUUUCAGUUAGGGGUUUUUUAUUCCUUUGUACAAGAGUUUUUUUCAUGAUAAUUUUUUUUUUUAGAGCAUCUGAUAAUAAAAUUUUUGACCAAAAGAAUUUUUAGAAUUUUUUUUAAAGAGUUAGCUUUUAAAUCUGGAAUUAUAUCUCACAUUUACUUUGGGUUAUCUUAACCAAGCUUUGAACAACCCACCCUUGUUGCAUUAACUAAAUUAGACACUUGAAUGAAUUGAAAAUGUAUAGUAUGCAUUUGGGGACAAAGAGUAGCAGGGACUAAGCAUUAAUAUAACUUUUUAACUUUGUUCAUGAAAGUUUUUGUUGCUUUUGUACUAAUGAAUUCAUUGGUUUUGCAUUUAUAGCCUUUUCUCCUUGAGGGAUUCAAGUUUGAUCUUAGAGUAUAUGUUUUGGUUACAUCAUGUGAUCCACUGAGGAUAUUUUUGUAUCAUGAUGGACUUGUAAGUAAUUAGUUUAUGUUAUCAUUGAACACUGUUGUAGCACUGCCAUAAAAAUAAUUCAUGAAAAAAGGAAAAGCUUAACAUUCCAAACACAUCUUCCUUUUUUGUUAUAUAAAUACCUAACUGCUGUACUGUAAAUGUAACGAUAAAUGUGCCUGAAACCUCCUUUCUUUUCCACUUGACUCUUCAUGUGCAUGUAUUCUAACUGAACCCCAGGAACAAGAUAUUUUAAAAUAUCACUAAAUAAUUAAUUUUUGUCGAUAAACCUGGAAUCACCUCAGUGUGAUUGUGUUUGUAGGUUCGCAUGGGAACUGAAGUGUAUGAAAGCCCUUCAGAUGAAAACCUGGUAAGAAUGCUUUUAAAUGCAAGUGAAAAUCACCUAUAGUCAUCUUUUUAUACUGGAAGGAUACCUUUGUAUUAGUUAUGUUAACUAAAUCCAAUUAUCUUAAUUUGUACAUUUACAUGUAUCUUGUGAAACGUUUACUUAUAUUAUAAUAAAUAUCUCAGUCAUAAUGCAAUUGAUUUCCAGUAUUUCCUUGAACAAGUGCCCACACACUUAAGGAGGGUGUUCAGUCAAGGGGGUUGCUCAUUAACAAAUUGUUAACCUGUACUGAUUCAGCUGUAGUUGAAGUUUAAAAAGUCAUCCCUACUAUUUAAGUGAGUAAGGGAGAGGGGGAGCUUAUUUGAGGGGAGCACUUGUCUGACAUUGUGACCUGUGGGGUGGGUGCUUAUUUGAGGAAGGGUGCUUACCAGAGUGUCAAAUAAAUACAGUAUCUACAUGUCUAUAAAGUUCUACACUUGUAUUGAUCUGGGUUUUUAUUUGUCUUUUAGGAUGAGCUUUUUAUGCAUUUAACUAAUUAUUCAAUAAAUAAACACAAUGAGAACUUUGACCAAGAUGACAGUGAUGACAGUGGAAGUAAAAGGUACUGAAUAUAUCAGUUUUUCCUGCAUUUAUCUUUAGCUUGGCUUUGUACAAAUUUUGUUUACAAGAGUAGUUUUAUAGAUAUUUCCAUUUAAUUUGAAAGAACUGUCAAAAACAUUUAUGAUUAUUCUACAGCCAUGUCACUUUAUUGAUAAAACUUUUUCAAUUUCUAUUUUAAGAUCUAUAAAGUUUUUGAAUGACUGGCUUCAGUCCAUGGACUAUGAUGUGAAUUUUCUUUGGCACAACAUAACAGUAAGUUCAUUCUGUUGAAGGGUAAAAUUUCUUGCUCCAAGGUAUUUUAUUUAGGGCUUUCAGUCAGUUAAUAUAGACAAGCAGAAAAGUAUGCUAGAAAAAACUGGCAGCUGGGGUUGUCAGGAAAAUACAUGUAGCUUGAAAAUGACCAAGAGUCAGGCACAGUCUAUGUUCUGAUGCAUGUGUUCAAACCAUUCCCCACGGAAAAAAAAACCCAAACAAAACAUUGAUGGAAAGAAUAGUUACAGUAUUGGAAGAUAAAAUUACAUUUGAGGUUUUCAUAGGAUGGCUGUGGAAUGAGUGUGACCUUUUCAUAAGCUAUGUGUUCUCAUAAAUUCAUGUUCUCUAUAUAGAAUAUUCUAUUCCACAUAGAAUAUUCUAUAUGUAGUGGGUGUUUUUUUAAGUUGCUUAGUCUUGGUAGUUACUGUUUGUUUUUGUUUUGGUUUUUUCAGGAUGUACUGGUAAAGACAUUAAUAGUUGCCCAGCCUCAUAUUCUGCACUCUUACCGAAUGUGCCGACCUGGUGCACCUCCAGGAAGUGAGAGUGUUUGUUUUGAGGUUUUAGGUUUUGAUAUUUUAUUGGAUCGAAAACUCCGCCCGUGGCUUUUAGAAGUAAGUGAACAGAUAUCCUUUCACUAUCACACGUGCAGAAGCUGUGUUUAUAUACAGAUCAGUUUUCAUCGUUUGAAUUUGAUUUUCAUGCUCUGUAAUGUCUCCACGAACGAAAGAAAGGAGACUCUGCUCGCCAGGUAGUCUUAUACAUACUUACCUAACGUUUGAAACGAUUUUUAAGUCAAGUUCACUCAAUUCUUGUUUUCUGUAUUUGUUUUCCCCUGAAAUCAUCUGAGUUAUUAUUUGGAGGAAUAUCAAUUUGUAACAAGAAAAGUUCAAAUUUUACAGGCAUCUCUACAUUUUGUGAAGUAUAAACCUUUGAUUCCGUUUUUUGGCUACGUACGUACAAACAACCGCCAUUUUGCAGAAGGUCCCCCUCAAGGAAAACCUCACAAAAUUGCAUUUGUUUUUGCUUCCUAUGGCCCAAUAAGAAAUUGACCCAAAUUCCACGGAAGUUAAUUUGUUACUUUUCUUACCUUACGAAUUUGUUGUUUUUGUUGUUUUCCUUUUCCGAGAAAGGAAAAUUUGCAUAAGGUAAAAAGUUUAGCCAGGAGAAGUUCACGACUACGAAUUCUUGACGUACAGACUUGUUUCAAGACUCUUUCAUUUUUUGCUCUAUUUUAAGCUUCUCUUUUGGAGAAUGUGUUUAGAAUUUUAGGAUUGUUUGGUUUUGAAAAACGAUCUUUAUUUUGCCACGCUUUGUUCUACACGGGAAUGUGUAAGAUGAAGUCAAAUUAAGUUAAUGCUCAUUUUGAGAAUUUUCUCAGGAAAGAUUUUCAAAAUUUCCACCUGAGAAUCUAGUCCGUAGCUACUUCUAGUAAGUUUUGAUAUGGUAGUAGGAAAUUUAAUUUAAGGAAAUUAUUUUGAUUUGUUCUGUCUUUUCUGAAUUUUACAGGUGAAUCGAUCACCCAGUUUCGGCACCGACACCAAACUUGAUAGUGAGAUUAAAGGGGGAGUGUUAACUGAUGCACUGAAUUUGCUUAACAUCAGGUGCAGUAUUUCUUAACAAGGACAUGAUUGAUGUUCUGUUAUGUAUCGAAGUCUGCGCUUUAUGAUGAGUUUGGUUAAAUCUAAUCAUGAUCAGCAAAACUUUACACGUGAUGGCUCAGUUGGUAGAGCCGCACCUCGAUUCUAUUUUUUUUUUUGCGGGGGAUGGUCUUGGAUUCGACCACUAUUCUGUGGGAGGAGUGGGUGAAUUCAUUAAGGACCACACUGAAUGAAUAAUUUAUUCAAUGCCAUGACUGAUUUGGGGAACUACUCAGUUCUUCCAGUUUAAAUGUAGAGAAAAGCGAGAAAAUUGUCGUAUUUUUUAAAAUAUUUUAGGGUCAGUGACAAACGUCGUGGCAUGGCGGCUGAAAAGGCAGAAGCACAGAAAAGACUCUUAACACAGCCAAAAAGGAAUGAGUACUCCAUGUCGGUAAGGUUUUAUCAACCCUUUACACCCUAACAUCCGUUUGCAUAUUCUCCAUACUGUUCUCUACACGUUUCCUAAGGUGCUGACAAGGAGAAUUUGUUUAACAAUCAAGAACUUCUUUAGUUGGGGAUCAUUUCCUAUAUUCUCCUGACCUGAAUGUGUGUUUCAUGGCAGAUAUUGUGAGGAGAAAUUAGAUGCGAGUCACUCUUAGGGGUUAAAGGGUUGAUAAGGUGUUAUUAGCCAAGAGAUUGUACCGAAAAUUCAUGUGAUUGAAUUUUUAUGGCCACUACUUGCACUGUUUAAAAAUUUCUCCUUUCUUAGGAACUGGAAAAGAAGAAGAUGAUUUUAAACAAACGUCGAACGGAACUUGUAAGUUCUUGCCACUCUUCAGAUGAUUUAUCUUUGAUUUGAAUCUGAAAGAAAACAAUACACCAUUAUUUUUACUACAGAAAGAAAGACUAAAUCAAUUAAGGAGAGAGACGGCAAGAGAAGAGUUUGAGAACAUGAACAUGGUGAGUAGGGCAAAUACGUCCAGUAUUGCCCGUUUAUGAAAUUCGUUUCGCACAAUAGUUAUCACGAAGUGUUCUCAUCAAUAAAAGUCAACCAGAAAACACACGAUAAUGUCAAGCGCGAAAAACCAAGUUGAAUUUGAAGCUGUACUAAGUACCCACCAAACAGUAUUUUCAUUUACAAGUGGGCACAUACUUGUUUGUUGUCAAAAUAUUCUUUUAGUAAGAAAGUUUUUUUUUGUAGAAAUAGUGGGUUUAUCCAGUGCCAUCAGUACAUUGACCUUCAUAUCGCGUGUUCUUCCUGUGUGUUUGUGCGCGUGAAAAGAAAAAGUUUAGCCGAAGUAAUUUUACUUAUUCGGAAAAGAAACUCGCACUUGUUUCUGUUUUCAGUAGACUCCAGAUUUUCAAGUUGAUUAGUAAUGCGGGCUUACACGGAAAUAUUGCACAUUGCAUUCCUCUAUUCUUUUCUUGCUUCUCUCCUUUCUUUUUACCAUUAUUUCUUUCCAUUUUCUAUUUAAGAAACUUUUGCUCUCUUUUUUCUUUAUAAUAUAGGGAAAUUUCCGAAGGAUAUAUCCUCCUGAAGACAAAACAAGACGAGAAAAGUAUAACGGGCUUUUAGCAGACGCUUUCAAGCUCUUCUUGUCAGGUAUAAUAAAAUUUACGCUGAGAAAAUAAUUUCCUUUUCUCCCUUCUUGUAAAAGUUUUGAUCCAAUUUCUUUAUCUCUUCCCCUUAGACGCUCUUGCGUGGGAGGCAUUUUUCCUACCUCGGUAUCCUGUUUUAUUCCACUUCCCUCGAUGUAACCAGGAAGACAAUGAAGUUAAUGUUUAUAACUCUUUUAUUUGAUUUGUUUGUUUUUCUAAUUGAGUGAUUGUACAUCUAGGUAGAGCUGUAUCUCUUCAAAAGGACGGUAAUCAACCAUUCAGCACCCUCAGGGUAGGUGUGAGGCAGUUGUUGGUCAGCGUAUUCCUGUAAUAUCAAUUAAGUUUAGCUGGGCUUCUCCUUCGAUCUCGAAUGCAAAAUUUGUGGAGUGAGCACGAUCUGUUUUCGAGAUCAGUCUCAUUAGAGCGGAGAUUUUUUAUGUCUGUUUUACGAAAAUGGUAUCCUGUUAUACCACUACAGCUGGUUAACGUCGAUUAACAACUUGGUCCGUUUACUGAGGUUAUUACUGCGAAAAUCACUAGGCUUUUUUUUCCCAAGAAACUCUAAUGUCUUCGUCAUGACAGGAUGAUCUUUAUAAUGGGGUUACAUCAUGCAUGUAAUAAUUUAAAGACGUCGGUCAAUUUGAAGUUUAUUUUGACAAUUCAAAAAAGGCCGAUUAUAGUACCAUCGCUGUUUGAGUAACGCUACAUAACUUAAUGACUUGCAGGAAGAAGAAAUCCUCGAUUUAUUAGAGCAGUGUGAAUGUGAUGAAAAUAUAACAUUCGACAAAUCUGGCAACCGUCCGAUGAGCAAAGGACCAAAGGUAGUAGAAAUGAGUUAUUUACUUAGCACUAAGUUCCUUCCUCACUAAGGAUGUUAGCUCCUUUCCAAGCCAACCCUGUCUAGUGCUGUGCUCCUGGCUUCAGUCAUUGUGGUUCACCCUUCCUUCCUUUCUACUUUUUUUUAAAUUGUCCUUCUCCGCGAGGUGUUUGAGCCUCCAUAGCUCCCAUGCAGUCGUCUUUCUCCUUCUUCCUAAGUUCAUGCCCAGUUUGCUUUCAUCUUCUUCUUUGGAUGAACGCAAGUGAACCCGCAAUUCAAACGUACAAAAUCUAACCACUUUUUAAGUCCUUUGCCAGUAUGUAGGAUUUACAAACUUGCUUGUCGUCCCCUCUUUAUUAUGUAUUAGGCAAGAAAGCUUGUUCAUCUCUAUAUCUAUUAUUUAUUUCUACAUUUAGCCCUUGUCAUCCAUGCCAAGUGCUAAAUCCAUCACAAAUAAGGAGGACUCUUCAACUUCGUCCUCUUCAGUUUCUUCAAACCCACAACAGACUUCGACGUCAUCAUCGUUCAGACCCGUUUCUGCCCAAAAGGCGCCAAACUCGGCCAAUAACGGCCUGAUAUUACCACGCUCCUCCGCGCAUAGAAUCGUGACGUCGUCUUCAUCUCCUCCAAUGAAAUUCAAUCCCGUGGUGGUGAGUGUCCACAUUUGUCUCUUAUUGGCCUGAGCUGGGAUUUUUACUUUAACACGAGUAUUUGGUUUUUGUCUCGUGGUUCGCCAAGGUUUGGUUGGGGAGGCUAAUGUGUUAUUCAUAUAUAAUAAAAUACAUAAUCACUCCUUUUGCUUAGGACGCUGCUUUUUUGGAUGCCGCUGUCCGGGAGAGAGAAGAAGAAUUAUGCCGGCGAACACUGCAGGCUUUGCUUGACAUGAGGAUUAAAUUUCCAGGAAAAACAGACGAGGAAGCAGAAGUCAUUUUAGAAAGUGUAAGUGGUGAACUUAUGUAUCCGAGUAUUAGAUUAUUCGCCAUGAAAGACUGUUGCUAUUUCCCUAUAUUUAACCUGUCUGAACAGAAUUCGUGGUUGAUCGUCAUCACAGGAUUCAUUAGAAUGUGUGUUAUACGUAGCCACAUCUCUAGUGACCACCGCAGCACAACUGCGUGCUCAGUCGACCAAUAACAUUCGACGUAAUUUUUUUAGAUCCAGGAUAAUUGGAAAUUCCACAAGCCGAGAGUGGCUUCCUAUUGGUUGGUGAAGCUCGACUCGAUAAAGCGUAGAAAGGUAAGGAGCUAAGAGGACUGUUGCCUAGUCUGCGAGCGCUCUUUCGGGCCGCUUUACUCCAUGGUUAACAAAAGCGUAGGGUACAAAUCAGCAAGUGUCCCAUUACAAACGCUGCAUUCUGAUUGGCCUCGCUACUCGCCAUCUAUUCUGUAACAGUAGCCUAUCAACGUGACUGUAGCCUGUCAACGUGCGUUUGUAAACAAACUAUACUAAAAGGCAGUGUAAGACUGCAUGUGCCUACUGUUGUGUAGUUGUAGAGUACUGCAGUCAAAAGACAAUGUACUGUAACAUGCAGAGGGUUUAAUUAACAGCUCUUGUUGAUGCCGAAGUUGUGGCAAAAGGGGGACUUGAUCAGAACAGAGUUUGUACACUGGCCAAUUUUCAGGCAAGGGACAGAGCAAGAAAUCGAUGUAAUCGGUACAUGUAUUAAAUGUGAAUCAAAUUUAUUUCAAUACUUCGUACAUAGAGGGAAGGUACAGUAGGCACAACAAAAACAUAGAUUGUUCUUUCUCGAUUUCCCUGCGUGAAGGUUGAUUCGGGCUUUAUCAACAUAGACUGUCACGCGACAUAAAUCUCAAACUCAUUAUCUAAUUGAGAAUUAUCUUGUCUUUGUCAUUGUGUUUCUGUAACAGGUUGUGGACAUUGUGCGAACAAACGUUCGCGCAAUUUUACAGCGCGUUUGGCGAGCAUCUGAAGUUGAUAACUUGCGCCUCUGCCGCGUUUUCUCUAGAGUAUUUAACAGAUUGUUGUGGAGUCAUGGACAGGGAUUGUGGAACUGCUUUUCAAACUUGGGGUACGUUUGUCUUGCAUUAGUUUAUCAUCAGUGUCAUACCUACUGUCAGGAUUUUAUUUUGCGUCAUCACGCUUUUAAUUUUGUUUUUUUGUUGUCAUUUGUAGAAACUCUUGGGAGACAAUUUUUAGCAAGAGUACAGAGGUGCUAUCUUCGGUGUGUAGAUUGAAGGAAUUUCAUACAUAAAUAUUGAAAUCAUUCGUAACUUGUUUGAAUAUAACUUGAAUAUUUGAAUUUUUGUAAUUAGAAAACUUUACCCCCAGUUGGGAAUAGUUUAUCGUUCUAUCAGGGAGAAAAAGAUGAGAUUUAGUUUGAGUUUUUGUUCCAAACACAGGUUUGUAUGAGGUGCUGUAGGUAUGAUAACGAGAAAGAAUUCUAGUAAUUUUGAUGGCGAAGAAAGUUACGCAAAGGAAGUAACCUGAGGAGGCUGUUUACUGUAAUGUUUCAUAACAACUUUUUUGAGCUCGGGUAAUUCUCGAAGAUGGGAAAGAGACGACUGUUUAUCGACUUGUUUAUCGAUUUGUUCUGGUCUACUUCCAGACUGAGAUGAGCUGCUGUCGUCGAAUUGUCCAGCUUUGUCGAGACUGCUUGCUUAUUGUGUAUCAGUUUGCCGCUGAUGCUAAAGUUGCUGGCGUUGCUUCAAAUGUGUCUCAAGGGACAACACUUCAAGAUUCUGAAUUGAGGUAAGUGAAGAAAUGUAGCUAAAUUCCUGGAAAUAGCGUGUAGCAAAAGGCAAUUCAAUAAAAUCGAAGUGAAGCGUGUUCGUAAUAGUGAAAUCACGAAGAAAAAUGCCAGGGGCAUUUUUCUUCGUGAUUUCCUGAGAUAUCGAUAAUAAAUAACUUUGGAAACAGGUCUGCUGCUUGCGUUUAAAUGAUUCUUGGACUGUGCAACCCUCCAAAAAGACUAUUACUAUUUUUUUAUUUUCAAUAAGGUGCUUGAUCGCAAUGGUUUUUAAAACAGGACUGAGUUAAGGAGUUCAUCUGCUCGACCUUUGUUGAGAUAGAUCUGUUUUGUUAACCGCUUCAUUAAAGAUGCUGUAACAAGGGCAUCCCUGUUGAUUGUUUGAUGUGAAAGUGCAACAAACGCAGUUACAUCUGCAUCCUUGUCACCUUCUGCGUCGCAAAAACGUCUGCACUGGUUAAGGUCUUUGAUAGGCACAUUUUACACGUGUAGGUCUGAAUUGUAGGGCUCCUUACCAAAGUUGCACGAAUAGUACUCGAUAUUGGUGAAGGUUUUUUUUUUAAAUAUGUUCUUGCUGCUUUCCAGGCAUGCGAACAUUAUACGAAGAACACCAGAUCUUACGUCUCAACAAGCUUUAAGAGCAAGAAUGGCUAAGCAUUACAGGACCUCUCAGCCAGCAUUGGAGCAGUUAUAGGUAGGGACCGAGGAGUGAUGUUCGCUUUUGGCCCCGGAGGUCUAUGACCUUGCACAAUCAGAUUUGAAGCAAGGAAACAAUUCUGAGAUAUCUUAUGAAGAUGAAGACGAUCCAUUCGGGCUUACAUGACCUACAAACUAAGAAAUCACCGCAAAAUGGAAGCACGGCCAUUUCCUAGGUGGCGCUGGUCUCGCAACGAAAUUUUCUCACAUUUUACUGGGAAGCGAAUGAAUUGGUGAUCAUACAAUUCUCUAGGUUUAUUUAUGAGUGGCUUGUACAGUCUUAAAUCAAACAUGAAAAUUCAGUGAAGAAGCACCUGUUUAUGUGCCUUCGACUUUGUAAUUUUUUAUAGUUUUGUUAUACAGUUUACGUGACGCACACCUUCAUUGACUUUCCCCUUGAAAGUUUCGCGGUCUUAUUAGUUAUUCUCCCGUCUAGCUGCUGUAUAUUUUCUCGCAAAUUCGGCAGGAGAAUUUAUUGUUGAAUCUACGCAAAAACCCUCGAGCUGGAUAGGUUUUCUUUUCUCGUCACUUUUUGGUGUAUUUUUGUUCUAAGGAGAAUUUACUUGUGACUAGCUUAGGAUUAAUGUGAUUAAUUUAACUGUGAGAUUUUAUCAUAGAAGGUAUAGAAAAUUCUAUCCUUGCUCCAAAGAAUAUUUUUUUCUUUCUUUCAAAUUCAUCAAGCAUUUCACCACCAAAAGAACAAAUUACAAUGUAAAUCUCUUUUCGCGAUUGUUGUAUUUUUUGUUUUGUUUUUCGCACAGUAACAUUUCCUAUCACGAUGGAGAGUGAUAGCAUUCUAAACGAAUAAAGAAAUUAGCCUUUCAAACACUUAGGUUUUUUUAUCAGACUUUUCAAGAAAUUAAACACAGCAGUUACGCCUGGUUCACACUUACGACAUAAUAGCAUAUGAUGCUUAUUUCCCUGUGCGUCGUUAUUUAUAUGUUGGUAUGUCCCGUUUAUGUUAUUUCGUUGGUGUGAACCAUGCUUGCUUAGCUUUGUCAAUGUCACGAUGGUGCCAAUAUGGCGCUAUGUCUGAACGUUCACACUGAAAACAUAACAACAUGAUGAGCUUUCUAUGUCGUUAAGCUUACGUCUUGAAUGUCUUUAUGUUACUAGUGUGGACAAGGCCUUACAAGUGUUGUUGUUAUUUUCUUUAAUUUUAUUAUUUACUUUAAUACGGAUCAGGAGAGUUCAGUUUUCAGUUAAGGACAAUCCAAUUUUUGUUUAGAGUUGAGGUUUCUUUGUUCAUCCGGUUUUAUUUAUUUAUUUAAUUUUUUCAUAGUGUAAUAAUUAUUCAUAUUGAAGUUUCAAAUCCAUGCUGUAAAUUUUUAAAGAUAGUAUAAAGAUAUAAAAGUGAUUAUUUAAAUGAAAGGUAUAGUAAAUUUAUUGCCAAACUAAAUAUGUAUUACAAUGGCACAGGGUUGUAAAUAUUUAUUGCCUUAGAUUACAUUAAAGAAGAAAUGCACCGAAAAAGUUAAUAAUAUGCUUAGCUCUUGCGUCCCUUCUUUCACACGAGCUCUCAGAUUCCUGAAAAGUCGCUUUUUUCUGUUCUGUUUUUGUCUCAUUGGUGCUUUGUUUCUCAAAAAUUAAUCGAUGAAUUUUGUUUGUGGUCAUUUCAAACUCAUGAUGUUUCUAAGUUGUUUGCCGUGC